GCCGGGCUCGGCUCUGAGCGCGAAACAUGGCGGGGCUGGGCGCUGUCGCCGGCUGCAGCUCUGACUACGAUUUCUACGAAAACGAGGAUGACAACCUCGUGUUCAAGGAGGCUGUGGAGGUGUUCAAGAAGCUGAAGGGCUUAAAGUGCCCCUUCCUGGAGGGUCUGUAUAUCUCUGAGCCAAAGACAAUCUAUGAACUCCUGUGUCAGCCUUCGAAGUAUCGGCUGGAGAUCCUAGAGUGGAUGUGUAUACGGGCCUGUCCAUCCUUGCUUGACAAGUUCAACCCCCUGAAGAGCAUCCCAGUGGAAGUGAAGAUCCAAGAGAUGGUGAAACUAGGCCAUGAGCUGAUGCUGUGUGCAGCAGAUGACCAUGAGCUUCUCAGGGGAUCUGCCUGUGCUCAGAAGCAACUGCAUUUCAUGGACCAAUUGCUGGACAUAGUGCAGAGCCUGGAUGCCGGGUACUCUAGCAGCUCAAGCCCAAAGGAGAACCUGGAGGAUACCACGGAGAAGAGUGAGGCAAUGCUGGAGGAGAUGUUCUCCUCCCCAAACCUGCCAGCGCUUCUGAAUCCGGACUGUGACCCGUGGCCCAUGGACAUUCAGCCUGUUCUCGACCAGCAGAAUGAUGAUUGGCAAAUGGCCAGCCCCUCUGACAAGUCUGACGAGGAGAAGGUGGCGGAGCUGGCCAGGCAGCUGCAGGAAAGCGCUGCCAAGCUGCAGGCACUGAAGGGAGAGUGCUUUGAGCAGCAGAAGCCAGGGUCUGCUGUGAGUGUGGCCAUUGCCAGCACCCUUGACCAGAAGCUGCGCCUGGUCGUCUCUGACUUCUACCAGCUCAUCUUGGCCUUCCUCCAAGUCUACGAUGAUGAGCUGGGUGAGUGUGGCCAGCACCCUCAGCCUGACCUGCACUCAUGUGGACCCAUCAUCCAAGCUGUGUAUCAGAGCCUGAUUUCCUGCAACCAGCUGCUGAAAGCAGUCGUGGAGGUCACCGAUGCCACUGAGCAAGCUAUGGACAUAGCGAAGAAGCAGGAGGGUCAGCAGACCAGUUGGGGCAACAGCAGCUCCGUGAAGAGCUUAAUCAGCAAAAUGGAUGAACUAACUCAGAAAUACAAAGUCUUCAAUGAUAUCCUGUACAAAGGCACAGGAUAGGCUGGGAACAGAACCCUGAAGCCAUCACAGGAGAAGUGGGAAUGAUCCCAUUUGCUUCUCCCCUUAACCUGCAGGAAAAAGGAGUCUCAGGCUCUUAAUAAACUGCCUUAAACCUA